CCUUCAUGACGUUUGUCAUGAAACACACACACGCACGCACACACACACACUCAGUCAAACACACACACACACUCACUCACACACACAGCAUGAUAAAAGUGAAGGUUUACGAGCGAAGUGGACACAAAGAACUUCCUCAAGAGAACAAGACAGACGGGCAGGACGCAGAGACGAUGACGAUGACGAUGAAGAACCCCAUUGCUCUGAUGACCUGUACCUUGCUUUUCUCCUCUCUGGCGGUCCUGGCACAUCAAGGCAGCUUCGGCCCCGACGAGUGCUGCUUCGCCUUCAUCUCCUCGCGGCUGCGUAAGGACGCGGUGCAGAGCUACCGGCUCACGGACGAGCGCUGCUCCAUGGAAGGCGUCUCCUUCACGUUGAAGAACGGAGUGAAAGUCUGCGCCGACCCGUCUCACCGGUGGGUCAAGUCCCUCAUCAAGGCCCAAGAGAGGCUUUAAAAAAAAGGGACAUCCUCAUGUAACUCUCGAUGUUCAAAGUAAAUGCAACAAUCUGUGCUUUUAUCUGUUUUAAUGUGGUCACGGGGGAUGUGUUGAAAGAUUGUUUCCCGCUUUAAAAUAAACGCAUCGUUGAGCAUUUGUUUGGUGUUUGCUUCCGAUGAGCAGCAGUGACACUCGAUGCGCGAUGUGGUUUCUGAUGGAGAAAGCCACAGGAAGUUCAUCUUAACCCCUCGCAUCCCUUUUGCUGUGUUCAAAGUGUCAUCUCCCUCUGAGGCCAACAGAUGACACCAAUUCUCCACACAGUUCCACAGCCU